AUGCAACUACGACAAUUCUUCUUAUUUGCUUUCACCUUCUGUGCUGUGAUCAUUGCAAUUUCUGCUAUUAAUCGAGACUUUGAAGACGAUGAUGAUAGCGAUGACGAAUAUCGGCAGCUUAAGCGUUUCCUAUGGCAUAAAAAAACGACAACAACUCAUGCACCAGAAAUCUGGACUCCAAAAACUACAGCUUCACCUUGGUAUCCACCAUCAGGAGCAUGCUCGUCUAACCCUUGUGAACAUAACGGUGUUUGUACUCCAAGAGGGGAAAGGAUCUUUGAUUGUAAAUGCGUUGGUCCAUGGCGAGGCAUCUAUUGUGGAACAGCUGAUGCAUGUUAUCGUUCUCCAUGCCAAAAUGGAGGUACAUGUCUUAAUGUAGUUGAUGAUUAUUGGUGUAAAUGUUCAACUGAUUAUUACGGAAAAAAUUGUGAAUCAAGAUUUUCUAAUCCUGGUGACUUGGUAAAUCAAUGUCGACCAAAUAUUUGUAAUACUGGUCGAUGUGUUUCUUUGAAAACAACUUACUAUUGUCAAUGUCCUGAUGAUCGUUAUGGUGAACAUUGUGAAAAACGUUUCAGUUCUUAUAAACGAACUUUUUCCGAUCAAAAAUCGUUUCACGAAUUAUUAGAUCAAGCUAAACGAGUUUUGCGUGAUCAAAUUCUUACCGAUGACGAUGAUAGUGAUGAAACAACUUUUGAUGGCGAUAAAAAAUAA